UGUAAAACGUUACCAUGGAGCAAAUUAGAGGCAGAAUGAAUCAGUACCUCUCCAGAUGUUGUCAAACUAUAACUCCCGAGUAUGCAACAAGUUAGUUGAAGUAGCUGUCUCCAGCUUGCACCAUUCAUGUCUUCGUUCAUUCAUCAUCUGUCCUUCCAUUAUGGCAUACUUUUUCCUUGUCUUCAUUUGUUGCUGUGGCGGCAGCGUUUCCACCCAUUGCUUCUUGUUCUACCCUCAAGCAUUUGCAAGGAUUUUGCUGUCAGGAAGAUGAACUUCUAAUACUUCCAUAAAAGACAGAAACAGUAACGUACAAAACUGGCGCAGUGCAGCACAAAAACUGGGGACACAGGAAUUUUUCCUCCUCAUUUUUCAGCUGGGGAAAGAAUAUGACUCUAUUACACAAGUAGGAAUGUUUAUGUGGAAUUGAAGAAAACCAUUCAACAGCGUGUUGAUCACCCUAAAGAGAAGCCUCGACGUUACUUCUUUCCCGCCGUUUUUGGUGUGAUCGAUCCCUCUUGCGCCUGCGCAAUGGCACUACCUCCCAGUCUCCUCCCCCGUCUGCCGUUGAAUGAACGAGGCGUCGUGGCAACGUCACUAAAAGUCCCGGAUGUGUCAGGUCAGGGCGUUAUGGAGAGACCACAAGGGGACGGCUGCAGCUACUGCGUAUCGUUUGCAGAGAACUUCCAGAAUAUUGCCUCAGUGCCAUUUAAGCACCCAGGUUUGAUAUUACAGGUGACAUCGCUGUCUCUGGCGUGGGUGUCUCCCUGAUCCAUUUCCAUUUCUGUCUGCUAAUAUUCUAUGGACCCAGCUGACCAGGUGCAGAAGGGUGAAGAUUACAUUGGCAUAUUUCUUUAACCUGUGAAAUCCUAUCUGAUCUCCAAGCUGGCGAUGUCAAGGGUACCGAGUCCUCCUCCUCCGGCAGAGAUGUCAAGCGGACCUGUUGCUGAGAGCUGGUGUUACACUCAAAUUAAAGUGGUCAAAUUUUCCUACAUGUGGACCAUCAAUAACUUCAGCUUUUGUCGAGAGGAAAUGGGUGAGGUCAUCAAAAGUUCAACAUUUUCAUCAGGAGCUAAUGAUAAAUUGAAAUGGUGUUUGCGUGUGAACCCAAAGGGCUUGGAUGAAGAAAGUAAAGAUUAUCUUUCCCUCUAUCUGUUACUGGUCAGUUGUCCAAAGAGUGAAGUCCGAGCCAAAUUCAAGUUCUCUAUUUUGAAUGCAAAAGGAGAAGAAACUAAAGCAAUGGAGAGCCAGAGAGCCUAUCGGUUUGUGCAAGGCAAAGAUUGGGGAUUCAAGAAGUUUAUCAGAAGAGAUUUUCUCCUAGAUGAGGCGAAUGGGCUCCUUCCAGAUGACAAGCUCACUCUCUUCUGUGAGGUGAGUGUAGUACAGGAUUCUGUCAACAUCUCUGGUCAGAAUUCCAUGAACAUGGUGAAGGUACCUGAAUGCCGCUUGGCUGAUGAAUUGGGAGGCCUCUGGGAAAACUCUCGCUUCACGGACUGCUCCCUGUGUGUAGCCGGCCAAGAGUUUCAAGCUCACAAAGCCAUAUUAGCAGCCCGCUCUCCAGUUUUCAGUGCAAUGUUUGAACAUGAGAUGGAAGAAAGUAAAAAGAAUCGAGUUGAAAUCAAUGAUGUGGAACCUGAAGUUUUCAAAGAAAUGAUGUGCUUCAUUUAUACGGGAAAGGCACCUAAUCUUGACAAAAUGGCUGACGAUCUGCUUGCAGCUGCUGACAAGUAUGCUUUGGAACGUUUGAAAGUGAUGUGUGAAGAUGCUUUGUGCAGCAAUUUGUCAGUGGAGAAUGCAGCAGAGAUCCUAAUUCUGGCUGAUCUACACAGUGCUGACCAGCUAAAAACUCAGGCAGUUGACUUCAUAAACUACCACGCUUCUGAUGUCAUGGAGACUGCAGGCUGGAAGUCGAUGGUAGUAUCUCACCCUCAUUUGGUAGCAGAGGCAUACCGUUCACUGGCCUCUGCACAGUGCCCCUUUCUGGGACCCCCACGCAAACGACUGAAGCAAUCCUAAGGCUGGGUCCCCACUGCACAACCCUCUUGUCUGUUUUUUUCUUAAAAAAAAUUGAAGUAGCAACAGAAGCAGUUGCUUCUCCAAACUUGACCAUCAGGUAGAUGGUGCAACCUGUGGAGUUUUUUAUUUUGUUUUGGGUGGGUCAGGGAGGGUUGGGAGGAAGAGUGUUUUGGGACAUGCAGACUUCUAAACAAAACAAAAACCAGUACCAAGUCAACUUUGGGACAAACGGGGGAGGGAUACGCUUUGGGAAAGGGGAUUGUUCAACCUUCUGUUGCUGCAUUUUCUGUGUGUUUUCCUUUGAAUGGCUGAGUCAAGAACUUAAAAGUUGACUAGGCAUACAAUUCCACAAUCUUAAAUGGAAUUUAAAGUGAAAAAAACUACAAGAGGCUUCUUCAUCUGAUAGCACAGAAGAAAUUGGCAUGCUUGGAGCAAAGAAGACAUUUUCCUUUCUUUGGGAAAUCAAUUGUGGGGAAUGGGGGAAAUGAGUUGGCCGUGGCAAACCAAAUCCCAUGAAAGGAAGCAUCAGUGGAAUUUCUGUUGAAAGAUUUUUGAAACAAGGACAGACCUUCCAACCCUACUGAGAUUUCUGCAUUUACCGUCCAGCCAUGUUGAGAUGAUUGCUGUGUCUUGUACAUGAAUUGGGAUGGAAAAGAAAGAAGCAGAUGAAUAAAUCUUGUCUAAAAAAGCUUCUUAAAAAUGCUGAUAAAGGGACUGCUCUAGGAUAUACUUUCUGGAAGACAGGGGUAGGAUGGAGACAGCCAUUAUCAGUUUUCAGGAACCAUUGUGGUUCCUCUUCACUUGGAAUGGGAUAUCCAAGAACAAUGGUUAAUUGUUUAGAUAUUGUGGGAGCUUUGUUCCUCUCCUAUUUUUUUUUUGGGUUCUCGACUCCCGUGAUUCCUCCUCCACAUACAAAUCUUUUUUUUUUUUAAAUAAUUGUUCAUGAAUACUCGUGUCAAAGAUUUCUGUUCUGAGUUGCUAAAAACAACAGAGUAUUUGUAUUCAUCUACUGGUUUGUAGAAAAUUUGGUCCUGUUUCAUUUUAAGCCCAUUUUCUGUUACAGGUAAAAUGUUCCAAAAUUGUGGUAAAGCUCUUUUUCUCCUUUUGA